AUGGCCGACCUCCCCGAAAUGCAGUACCGCUUCCUCGGCCGCACCGGCUUGAAAGUCUCGGUCAUUUCACUUGGUAGCUGGCUCACAUACGGCGGUCACGUUGGAAAUGAAACCGCGUUCGACUGCGUUAAAGCUGCCUACGAUGCCGGCGUCAACUUCUUCGACACUGCCGAAGUCUACUCCGGUGGCCAGUCCGAGGUCGUUCUAGGAGAAGCCAUUAAGAAGUUUGGCUGGAAGCAGAAUGACCUGGUCAUCUCUACUAAGAUCUACUGGGGCAAGGCAAAUGCCGUCAACCCCGCCAAACCCCUCAAUAACAACGGUCUGUCCCGAAAGCACAUCAUCGAGGGCAUGAACUUGUCUCUACAGCGAUUAGAUCUACCCUAUGUGGAUAUUGUCUACGCUCAUCGCCCAGACCGUGACACCCCCAUGGAGGAGAUCGUUCGUGGAUUCAACUACCUGAUCAACAACGGUAAGGCCUUCUACUGGGGUACUUCGGAAUGGUCUGCCAGCGAGAUCUCCGAUGCCUGGCGCAUCGCUGAUCGACUGGGUCUGAUUGGUCCCGUUGUCGAACAGCCGCAGUAUAACCUUCUCGUUCGCGAGCGCGUGGAGAAGGAGUACCGCUGGUUGUAUGAGGCUCAUGGGCUGGGCUUGACUACGUUCUCGCCUCUCAAGGGUGGUAUCUUGACCGGCAAGUAUAAUAAUACUUCUGCGCCUCCGGCUGGUUCGAGACUUGCCGAGUCGGAAGAUGGAUAUGUGAAGAACCUGCGCACCACGGUUGGUGAUGAUACCUGGACGCGCCAGUUGAACCAGGUGGCUGCGCUGAAGCCCGUGGCCGAUGAGCUGGGUGUGUCGACGGCUCAGCUGUCAUUGGCGUGGAUUCUGAAGAAUCCCAAUAUCUCGUCGAUGAUUACUGGUGCAUCGCGCCCGGAGCAAGUGCUGGAUAAUGUUCGUGCUCUUGCGCUUGUAGACAAAUUGACCGAUGAGGUUAUUGAGAAGAUUGAGAAGGCGGUGCAAAGUCAGCCGGCCGUUGAGGUUAGACGGUUUUAG